AGUGUUCAACGGACAACAUGGCGCAGGCAGAGGACACAGUUCAACCGCUAUUGCAGCAGUUCCAGCAACUAUUCUUUAUAUCGAAGAUAGCUGGAAUUCUGCCGCAGGAUCUCGAGAAGUUUCGCUCUAGGAAUCUGCUAGAGAAAUCCCGCAAUGGCAUGAUUUACAUGCUGUGUACGCUGAUACUCUACGUUGUGCUCUACAAUAUUUUGAUAUACUCCUUUGGGGAGGAGGACCGCACCCUAAAGGCCUCGCAAAGCACCUUGACCUUUGUGAUUGGCUUGUUUCUAACCUAUAUCGGCCUCAUUAUGAUGGCUUCAGACCAGUUGGCCGCGUUACGAAAUCAGGGUAGAGUAGGAGGGCUUUACGAGCGCAUUCGUCUAGUGGAUGAGCGCCUUUACAAAGAGGGGUGUCUCAUGGACAACAGUACAAUUGGACGACGCAUCCGGAUUAUGUUGAUCAUGACGGUCAUCUUUGAAUUGUCCAUUUUGGUGGCCACCUACGUCAAGCUGGUGGACUAUAGUCAAUGGAUGUCCGUGUUAUGGAUAGUGUCCGCCAUUCCCACGUUCAUCAACACGCUGGACAAGAUUUGGUUCGCUGUUUCGUUAUAUGCGUUGAAAGAACGCUUUGAGGCCAUCAACGCCAACCUGGAGGAGCUGGUGGACACGCACGAGAAGCAUAAGCUGUGGCUCCGAGGCGAUCAAGAGGUUCCACCUCCUCUAGACAGCUCCCAGCCGCCUCAGUAUGACAGCAACCUGGAGUAUCUGUACAAGGAACUAGGAGGCUUGGACAUAGGUUCCAUUGGCAAGAGUUCGGUGUCUGGUUCGGGAAUAAACAAGGUAGCACCAGUGGCCCACUCAAUGAACUCCUUUGGCAGCAGGAAGCCUCCACCGCCUCCCCUGGCCUCUAACAUGGUCCAUGAAAGCGAGCUGGGAAAUGCCGCAAAGGUGGAGGAGAAGCUGAACAACCUGUGCCAGGUGCAUGAUGAGAUCUGUGAGAUCGGAAAGGCUUUGAACGAGCUGUGGAGCUAUCCCAUCCUAUCCCUAAUGGCCUAUGGGUUCCUAAUUUUCACUGCUCAACUCUAUUUCCUCUACUGCGCUACACAGUACCAAUCGAUUCCAUCGCUUUUUCGUUCCGCCAAGAAUCCCUUCAUCACGGUUAUAGUUCUAAGUUAUACGUCUGGCAAAUGUGUGUACCUCAUCUACUUGAGUUGGAAAACGUCGCAGGCCUCCAAGCGAACAGGAAUCAGUCUGCACAAGUGCGGCGUAGUGGCAGAUGAUAAUCUUCUCUACGAAAUAGUUAACCACCUAUCGCUUAAAUUGCUCAACCACUCGGUGGACUUCUCCGCUUGUGGCUUUUUUACCCUGGACAUGGAAACAUUGUAUGGCGUGAGUGGCGGGAUCACUAGCUACCUGAUCAUCCUGAUUCAGUUCAAUUUGGCCGCCCAGCAGGCCAAAGAGGCCAUCCAAACUUUCAACUCACUUAACGACACCGCCGGCUUAGUUGGUGCCGCCACCGAUAUGGAUAAUAUUAGCUCCACGCUGCAUGAUUUCGUCAGCACCACCAUGACACCGGUGGGCUAA